GACGACACGGUGUGUCUCAUCACAGAGGAACCGUUCUACGCUCUGUUCUCGUCUCUCGGUUCCUUCUACAUCCCUCUGGCCGUCAUCCUCUUCAUGUACUGGCGGGUCUACGUCGUGGCCAAGCGGACCACCAAGAACCUGGAGGCCGGCGUCAUGAGGGAGCGUCUGCAGGACUCCAACGAGCUCACCAUGAGGAUCCACCGCAGGAACCAGCCAGUCCAGGAGCCAGGCCACGCCCCCAAGGGCGGAGGGGGCGGGGCCUCGUCCGCACGCAGCGCGCUCACCCUCAAACUGCUGAAGUUCUCCAGAGAGAAGAAGGCGGCCAAGACCCUCGGGGUGGUGGUGGGGAUGUUCAUCCUCUGCUGGCUGCCCUUCUUCCUGGUUCUGCCCAUCAGUUCCUUCAACAGUAGUCUUCGUCCUCCUGAAACUUUCUUCAAAGUGAUCUUCUGGUUGGGAUACUUCAACAGCUGCCUGAACCCCAUCAUCUACCCCUGUAACAGCCGGGACUUUAAACAGGCCUUCAUAAGGAUCCUGCGUUGUCGGUGGAAGAGGAAGCGUCGGAUAUAUUAUAACUAUCGCCUCCAUCAGGGCUCCAACACCUCGUCCUUCCUGAACGGCAGCCAGCAGACGCUGUCGUCCAUCAGCCAAAGUCCUCGCUGCACCGCCUCCAGGCUCCGCCCCCCUUCAGCCUCCUCCUCCCCCCCAACCGAGACCGGGUCCACGGGACGGAGGCAUCUGAGCCCGGUGUCGCCGCUCGCUAAGGAUGCUGGGACGGCGUAA